UGUAUUUUAAUGCGCGGAUUGAUGACGUAAUGUUGAUUGUCAAACUCGAAAUGGCGAGUGUGCUAAGAGGCCCGUUAGCAGCAGAAAUAAUGAUGUUCGUCGCUCUUUUAUGCUUAUCAUAUGGAGACGGUUGUAGCGUUUCAUCGACUCUGGGGCAGGGUCAGGAGAACAAUGGCGGCGGGGGAAGAGGAGGAGGUGAAUGGAGUCAGCGAGUACCCGGGGCUCUACAAAGUCAUGAUGGGCAAACUAAACGAACAGCGACAACUGGAUCAGUUUACAGACAUUACUCUCAUAGUGGAUGGACACCACUUCAGAGCCCAUAAAGCGGUGUUGGCAGCAUGCAGUCAGUUUUUUCACAAGUUCUUUCAGGAUUUUACCCAGGAGCCUCUGGUGGAGAUAGAAGGAGUGAGCAACACAGCGUUUCGCCAGCUUAUGGAGUUCACAUACACAGCCACGCUAAUGAUAUGUGGGGAGGAAGAGGCACAGGAUGUCUGGAAGGCUGCUGAAUACCUCCAAAUGCAGGAAGCCAUUAAAGCUCUUAAGAAAAUACAUUUCUCAAAGACAACGAGGAGUAUGGCUAAAAAGAGGACGAUUGCAGAAACGUCUAAUGUGAUUACAGAAACGUUACCGACUGUGGAGGGAGAGCAGGUGGAGAUUGAAGUGGUGGAGACUGGCCUGGAGGAAGUGGUAGAUGGAAAGACUGCACAAGCAUCCGAUGGCUCCGCUUUGGCUCUUCUCGCUGACAUAACUAGCAAAUACCAGCAAGAGGAGCCAACAAUUCAUGUAAUCAAAAAGGAUGAAGAGGAGGUCCUGUAUCAGGAGGAAACCGUGACGGCCUCCAAAGUACUGGAGAACGUUGGGGUCGUGGAAGUCCAGAUCUCCCAACAAGACAACGUCUUCCGCUGCAGCAAGUGCGACCGUAGUUUUAAGAUGUACUACCACCUCAGACAGCACAUGAAAACUCACCUGGGCUCUAUGGAGAAGCCUCACGUGUGCAACCACUGCGGGAAGGCCUACACGCGGGAGGGCGCCCUGAAGCAGCACAUCAGCACGUUUCAUUUUGACGCGGAGGAACUGUCUCGAGGGCAGAAAAUUCAAAAGAAGGUGCACAUCUGUGAAUACUGUAAGAAGCACUUUGACCACUUUGGCCACUUUAAGGAGCACUUGCGCAAGCACACUGGUGAAAAACCUUAUGAGUGUCCAGAUUGUCAUGAGCGAUUUGCAAGGAACAGCACACUGAAAUGCCAUAUGGCUGCCUGUCAGAAUGGAGCGGGAGCCAAGAAAGGACGAAAAAAGCUCUAUGAAUGCCAGGUCUGCAGUAGAGUCUUUAUAAACUGGGACCAGUUCAAGGAGCAUCUCAUGUGCCACACGGGAGAGAAGCCCAACCACUGCACCAUGUGUGACAUUUGGUUCACCGAAAUGAGAGAACUGAAAGCGCACCUCAAAGACGUCCAUUCUAUCGAGGACCAGCCAACGGAGCAGCUGGUGAUCACCGACCCGGCCGCGUCCGCCGCCCUCGCCAUCGCCACGCAGCGCAUGGAGGGCGGCGAGACGGUCCUGCUGGAUGACGGCAUUCACGUGGAACACGUCACGGUGGAGCCCGUGGACGUGCUGCACAUGGAGGAGACCACGACGGUGGUGGUGGAGGACGGAGGGGUGGGCGGGAUAUGCGAGGAGGACCUGGAGAGACUAAAGCAGGCCGGCCUGCAGAUCCAAGUGGUCCACGUGAACCCAGACGCAGGUGGCGAGGGGCACGUGGUCAACCCUGAGGUGGAAGUAGAGCUAGAGGAGGAAAUGGUGAACCUUGAAGAAGCAGAGCAAGCGGUGGCUGUAUGAGAAUAAAGCGAGGAUUGUCUUAAAGUACCUAAAGAAUGAUUACCAGUGUCAAACAAUUUAUUUUUUUUUUCUUUUUUUUUUUUUUAUUACUGCAGACAUCUUAUUUUUAUGGAAUCCUGCCUGUGGGAACAAUAUAUCCAUACAUGUAGCUGUCAAAUCGAAUGUCCAUGUCUCUGCUUCUCCAAAUCUUUUACGAGAUUUCUGUUGUCAAGAUUUCUGUAAAACAUUGUAUUUAUUUUAAAGCUGCCCCCUCCACAAUUCAAGGGUUCAGUGAUUUGUUUUAAUCUGCUGAUUAAAUUGUUUGUCAAAUCAGAACACUUGCAAUAACUGC